AUCAGGUGAACGGUCUGAAGCAGACAGUGAACGGAGAGAAGAGUGAAGCCACCUCCAGGGUCUGCACUUGGCAAAUGGGUCAGUGUCCGCGAGUCUAAGCGGCAGCAGUCUGUCCUCAACAACUGCGGCAGGGCAGCUCCCUAUUCAAGCACCCGGCUCUGUUCCAGUGAGUCACUGUUUCUGCAGUUGUCUCGAUGUGUCCCGGGGCUCGGACCUGGUUACUGCCUGGUAACUUUCACAAAUGCAAUGUGAAUUGACGGAACUUCCCACUGGACAGGCAGAAAACAGUGAAAUGGAUGGAGAAAUCCUGGAGGUGAAGGAUCUGGUGCAAGGUGAUAAUGGGCAGCAGAACUUCCUCGUCAAUCUGUACGAGUUUAUGAAGGAGAGGGGCACUCCCAUCGAGAGAAUUCCACACCUGGGCUUUAAGCAAGUUAACCUGUUGACACUCUACAAGGCAGUUGAGAAGCUGGGUGGUUAUGAAGCGGUUACAACUAGCCGCCUCUGGAAGAACAUCUAUGACGAGCUGGGUGGAAACCCUGGGAGCACUAGUGCUGCCACGUGUACCCGCCGGCACUACGAGAGGCUGGUUUUACCGUAUGAGCGUUACAUGAAAGGAGAAGAGGACAAGCCACUGCCAACCUUCAAGCCUCGGAAACCAUACAACGUCAUGAAGAACAAGGAAGGCAAAGGUCUUAAUACUGAACAGAAGGAAAGAAGCAAACGGAAACGACCAAAGGACAACGUGCGGCAGAGCAGUGAGCCGGAUAGGAUGGUUCCUCAAGUAGUUUCUGAAGAUGUAGGAAGGGAUAAGAAAAAGCAUGCAUCUGUGGACAAGCAGUCGCCACAAGUGAAAAACACUACAACUGGGAGUGAAGACUCCAACAACCAGCCACUAAACAGACUCACGCCACAUGAUAGCUGUGGGCACAAGUCUCCAAAUCAAGAUGCGAAAAGAGCCAAUGAAAAACCCACACAGGAUAGGAUCUCUGAAGAGCUCUGGGUUACCAAGGACUCUUCACCAGAAACGAUUUCCAGGGCAGGGAUGAGCAAUAAGAUUGUGGAUCAUAAUGGACACUGCGUCACUGCUGAUGUGUCAGAGGAGGUAGUUCGAGGUCACACUGCCGUUAGUAAAGAUGAGAGGACUGGCUCAUACCAGGCUCCAGCACUGUCAGCCAGUGAGGACAGCCUUACAGCGCCAUUGCCACCUGAAGCAGAUAAAAGCCACCUGGCAAUCCUGCGCCUCAAGAGAGAUCAGGAGAUAAUGUCACCUUUGGCGAAGAAGAAAUUCCUUGCACAAGGAAGUGAAGGAACAUCCCUCAGCUUUAAUGCGGUGGGCGUGGCAUCAUCCUCGGCUGGAGUCAAGCCAGUACAGGGCAGUGAGCCUCCGGUGUCUGGCUCCCCACCAGAAGCCAGCAUUCACAGACCGUCUGUCAUUCAUCACAUUCAACCCCCAAGGCAGGCCCACCUAGAUUACCACUCCGAGUGGUCCUUCAACAAUAAACUGGCCAAAUACCAGCUUUACUCCUUAGAUCAAAUCUCCUCUUCUACUGAUGGUCAAGGGCCACAGGAAGAACGGGAUCGAAAAGGCAGGGCAGUUGAGCAUUCCCAUCCCCUUCAGUGCUAUGGGAAUUUUUGUUGCAGCCCAUACAUGCACAGCCUAGUGAAGCCCUUUCUCCAUUACCCCAGCAAAGGGUCUCCUUUUGGUUGCUGUUCUAAUCAGAGAAGCUUCAGAGAGUUGAACAGCACUGCGGUCCCAACGCUGCCAACUGCAUCAUACAAGACAGCAAGGCACUAUGACAGGACACUCGUUCCACAUGAUCAGCCAACAGACCUCAGCCUCCCACGUGCCAGUACAGCCAACACGUCCCAGACCCAGCUCUCCUGGGUCACAGAGAACAAAAACAGCACCUUUCCACUGAGUAAGAGCCCAUUCGCUGGCCACACCUCACCGUCCUCUUCUGAAGUCCGUCCCAAAGCCUGCUGGGUCCCACCCAUGAGUGUCACGCUCCCUCGGCGAGUUCCAGCCAAACGAGCAAAGAGUGCUGUUCUACUGACCAAUGCCAAGAGUGGGCCUUCCAACUGUCAACUUGCCCAGCCGACACAGAGAAGCCAGAAGGAGCUGGAUGCAGCUUAUGGGAAGAAACUUCGCAUUGUCUCUCCUUUACACGUUACCAAGCAUCUAGAUACCAAGGAGGGCCAGAGGAUCAAUGAUAGUAAGGUAAUGAGCAACGAGCAGAAGUCCUCAUUACCUGAAGUUUCUACUUGGCUGCCAACAGUGACACCUCAGGAUCCUACCUUGUAUGAUGGAGCAGGGGCAUAUUUGCCAGCCAACUAUGCACAUCACUUGAGUCGUAUGAAGAACCCGACCCUGUACUCACCAUUUAUCCCCAGGCUAACUAUAAAUUCCUUCAUGAUCCCAGCUAUUCAGCAGCAUGUGCUGAGUUCCCCUAGCCAUCCUCUAGAUCUGUACAAACACUUGGCUGUGGGCACGAGCUAUGAAAAUCUUUUCCGUCACAGACUGUACCCAUCUCCACCCCUGUCCUCUUUCCAUGCAGGCCACAAACUAUAGCCACUUGAGCUGUGGUGUGAUGAUAACUGUCCUCCACCACCUUCCCAACUGUUGUCAUUCCUUCAGCCGAAGAGACACAAGGACUUGUGAUGCUAAGCCAGAGCAGAGUUUGUGAUGAAUGGGGUUAGAGCCAGGCACAUACAGAUGGAGACUUUGAAGGGCUGCACUGGAAGCAUCUCGUAAUCCCCAAUGUGACAGCCCAUGCGCCAUGCACAGUUUCUCGUCUGGCAGGAUCCCAAAAUAUUGGUGCUCAUCAGAACUUUGUGGAAGUUUUUGAAAAUUUUAAAGUGGACCAAUUGUGCCACAUUUGGUUGGAGGAGAGCUCACUUCAGUGUUGAAGAAACCUCUCACUUUUGAACUGUGUGAAAUUUGGAAGAAGCUGUGCUUUCUUCACACAAAAGGACUGAAGUGAUUUUAAUUGGUCAACAACUUGAGAGGUUGAGAUCUUUGACCAUUGGGUCGACACAAUCAGAAAAGGGUCUCCCAAACCAAAUUCGACAAUUCCUCUGUAAAUAAUCCUUGCAUAUAUUAAGUAAAAAUGUCUGGAGUCAAACAAAAGUGAUGUUUAAGAUUUUGAUACACUGCGUGAAAGAACCCUACUCUGAAACAAUUUACGAUUCCCAAAUCCCAAGGCAGACUGUUCACAACACAUGAACUUUUGAAGAUUUUACACACAUAUAUAUAUGAAAAUGAAAACUUCAAAUGAUACAUCAUUUUGUUUGGAUGUGAGUAAAAUAAUUCACAAUUGGUUAAAUGCAUGAUUGAUAGACAUAUCUAAUCUUUAUUAAUAUUUAUUCCCUAAUCUAACAUCAUUGGAACAGAUAUCCUUUCUUUAUUCUUCAAAGGGAUGUGGUAUUGACUUUGAACUGAGAAAGGCAGAUGAGAGUCAAACUGAUUGCUCUGGGUCUGAAGUCACAUACAGUUCAGACCAAGAACUGCAGCUUUCCUUCCUUAAAGGACAUUAAUGAAUUAGAUAGAUUUUCAGAACAAUCAAUGAUAGUUCAUGGUCAUCAGUUGACUGAGACCAGCUUUAUAUUUCCAAAUGUAUUCACUGAAUGUAAAAUCCACCAGCUGGUAUGGUGAGAUGAGAACUUAAAUCCCCAGGCCUUGUCUCUGGUUGACUUGGCCAGUGAAGUCAUCACUACUUUUCCCUUCUCCCCUUCUAUUCUUUGGCCAUUUAUGGUGCCUCCUUUAUACAAAUUGGCUGUAAUUGGUUUCCUAUUUCACAAAAAUGAUUGCUUCUUAUUUGCUGUUAAGUGAUGUCAGACUUUCUCCAAAGUUAUUGAUUUCUCCCUUCCUUUCUCGAUCGGUUUGCUCCCAACCAAUUGCACUAGCGCAGGCAAUAGAUAAG